AGCGGGGACUCAUUUGCGCAGGAAAGCGGAAGGCGAGCGCGGAAGAACGAGACGACUUCCGGAGGCGGUGUAGCAGCAGCCGACAGCAGCGCACUUCCGGCGCGUUUUGGUGGCGUAUAGGACGAGAAACGAACCCCGUAGAAGCACCUUGAGGCUGUCAUCAUGGAGUAUGAGGUGAUGUGGGGCGACGGCCCACUGGGCCUGACGCUCCGCCCCGACCUGGGAGAGGACAUGCCGCCCGUUGUGGGCCGCAUUACGCGCCAGGACUCGGCUGCGGCGCUAGCUAAAGUGGCUGUGGGUCACAUGCUAGUGAGCAUCAACGGCAUGGACACGGCCCGCCAGGGCUAUGACCACGUGGUUGAGACGCUGCAGAAGAUCCCUCGCCCGGCCACGCUGCGAUUCCGCGUGCCUCGUGCCAUGUCGGGCACCCCCAGUGCUUAUCGCGACCCGUCGCGCAGUUCCUCGCGCCGCAGCCGUGGCUCCACGGGCACCACGUGGUCCGAGUCUGGAAAGUCCCCUUCGAACGCCAGUAGCACCACACGCAGACGCGAGCAGUACACAGUGGUGUGGACAGAGGGGCCCUUAGGCAUGAUCCUUCGCCCCGACGAUGAUGAUUGUCACGUGCCUUGCAUCCGCAAGAUCACAGGUAAAGGCGCCGGUACUGGCAUGGAGCGAGCUACUGUGGGGGACAUCCUAGUAGCAGUGAACGGUCAGGAGACCAAGUCACUGGGAUUUCGCAGCACGAUCUCGCUGCUGAAGACGAUUCGCAAGCCGGCAGUGCUCAAGUUCAAACGUAUGGGUCGACGUAUCUCGCGAAAGAGGUCUUCGCAGGAAUCCCCUGGCGGAAGUCGUAGUGUGAGUGGCAUUCCGAGUGAUAUUGGAUCGUAUGACAUCGUGUGGCGCGAAGGCGACCUCGGUCUUAAGCUGAAGCCUGGAUACCGCGAUGUUCCAGUUCUUAGUAAGCUCACAGGAAAGGGUAAUGCGAGCGGCUUGCAGAACGCUCAGGUGGGCGAUGAGCUCGUGUCAGUUAACGGCACGGCAGUGGAAGGCGAAGCGUAUCAGGACACUCUACGUAUGCUAAAGCACUCGCCGAAGCCGGCGGUGCUGCGCUUCCGUCCAGGCAAAAACCGCCGUGAGUCGAUGAUGUCGGUGGCAUCCGUGACGUCAGUACGCUCGAAUCCUAGCACGCAGCGUGAAGUGAGUAGUGUUUCGAGUCGCCAGCAUGUACCGCUGUACGACCAGAACGUUGCUCCUCCAGAGCCCGUUGGACCACCACCGCCUAUCAGAACCACAAGAACCGAUCGUGAGCGCUCUGAUCGCGACCGAUCUGACCGUGAGCGCCAAAAACGGAAGAAACGCAUUCCUCUGGAUGUGGCACGCGAGUUGGUGGCAGCGUCGCAAGGAUCAGACUUGGACCACGCCAUUUUCGCUGGUAUCCCCAUUACUGCUAUUGAAGAAGGCUCGAAAGAAGCGCAUCUGUUGCGUGUUCAGGCCAAGCUUUGCAUUUCAAACCAGGCAAAGGCUGACCGCAACACACCAGCUAAGGAGGCGCUAUCGCGUGCAGAACAGGAGGCAAAGGUUCUCCAGGAGGCGUUGGAGAAGGUGAAGAGCCAGGCUAAGAAGUAUGAAGAGAUCCUCGAAGCGCAGUCGCGUGAGCGUGUGCUGGCGUUGGCGGUACAGCACAAGCCUGAAGAGGUGGUGAAGCGCCAGAACAACGUGAUUCACGAGCUGGCUGGUGUGAUUUCGGGAUUCAAGCGCGACUCGUACACCGACGUGGAUAUUGUACCGCCUGUGAUUGAGGAUAACGAACACGUGCAAAAGAUUAUGGACGACUUGCAGAACGUAAUGAGCAUCCCCGUGGUUGUCCCAACGGCGAAGUUCUGCGCCGAGUGUGGCACCACGGAGAAUGAGUCAAAGCUGGAUAUGGAUGACGAUGGCGAGUAUUACUGCAAGGACUGCUGGGACAAGUUCCUUAACCUUUCUGGGUCUGCUCCGGCUGAGGCACCAGCAGCGGAAGCUCCGGCACCAGUGGUGGAGACACCAGUUCCAGCUCCUGUAGAACAGCCAACUGAGAUUGCCCCGCCAUCUCCACCUGCACCUGCUCCAGUUGAGGUAGAAGAGGAUGCUUCUCCUGCUGAUGCACCAGCGCGUUCAAUGAGCCGCAUGACCAUCGAAAACCGUGAAGCUGAAGAACAGAAGGCACGCAUGGAAGCAGAACGCAAGCUGAUGGAAAUCAAGGAGCUUCGUCGUUCAGGAUCAAUGAUGCCCGAGAGGCCGCAUAAGAGCAACUCGGACCGUUCUCGUCGUGAGCGUCGUGGUCUGGAGGAACUUGCUCAGGCGCUGCUCGAAGAAGAAGAGCGUGCUCGCGCAGAAGGCAAUCUCGGAUUGGCUAAGAAGCUGAGCGCACAACGCGCGCGCACCAUGGCUGAGGCAGCUGGCGAGAAUCCACAGUUAGGCACGACUCCGUUUUCAUCGACAAACAGUUUGCUGGCCAACAACGAUACAGAGUUCAGGAACGGACAUGCCAGCCCUAUCAAAGCAAAGUCACCAUCGCCUGUGGUUGACACACCGUUGUCGUUGAGCCGCUCGAUUAGCGCCGACUCGACCUUGCCCCCUCCUGUGCCGGUGUCGGUGUCGCCGGCCACUUCUCCGGAGCCGAUGCCGUCUCCUGUCGCUAACCACCACCACGAAAUGGCAGCAGCGGCAGCAGUUGGCGCAACGGCUGCAGUCGCGGCAGCUGCUGUUGCAAUGGAUGCCCCUGGCUCACCAACGACAACUGCCGAGGCCACAGCAUCUUCAUCGGGUGGUAACGACUACGCGGACGUGAAUUCGGAUGAGGAAGCUGAAGACCAGAUGCAUAUGAGCGACGAGGAAGAUGUUCUACGAGAGGUGGAGGAGAAGAACUUUGCGCUAGCGCGACAGUUGGACGAGGCUCACAGCGUCAUCGAGCGUGCUCGUAUGUCUAUUAGCAUGUCCGGGGACGAUGAUGAUGACGAGGCCAACGAUGGCCUGAGCGAGGAGCAGAUUAGUUUAUUUAAGAAACUAACGAGUCAGGCGGAGGAGCGAAUGUCCAUGGUGGACCGCCUGCACCCGCAGGACGACUCGGACUCGGAUUCGGACUCAGACUCAGGGGAGGAAGAAGAGGAGGAAGACGAAGGCGUGUGGAUUUAAUCCCGUGGUGGCAGAUAUCCUCGCGGAAUCGUUGGCUGACAAACGAGAAGACAGACUGGCGACCGCGCAGCGCCUGUACAAACAAGCGAGCGAGCGAGCAGCCACCCCUCGACUUAGAUUUGGCGGCUUCGUGUUGCUGACUUGGAAGCAGCAGCGGCUUGACUAGGGGAUCCGCAUCGCGCUGUCCUCCCGUAGUGGUGUUAAUGCCUAGUAUGUGAGUAGCUUUAGCCUUUUUACCCAUCUCUCUGCGUCUUAAAAGACAAACAUAAGUUUUCAUAUUCGCGUU